UAGUGCUUGGCGGGAGAUUUCGAUCUCGAUGAAAAURUACAAUUCAUAUUUUGUACAAAUACUAGGAUCUUUUCCAUCUUUCCAUUUAUCUUUAGUGAAAGUCUCCUAUAAUUAGAGGGGAUGAUAAAACAGUGGGAAAUCUUCAGUAAAAGACAUGAAAAAAUCUCGCUGUAACUCAACCGGCGCGGACAAGCAGAAAGGAUCAAAUCAACAAACCAUUUCCAGUUUCUUCAACAAGGGUGGGAAAAGCCAGUUAUUUUCUAUUGUUGGAUCAACAAACAAAGUUGAUAAGAAAACACUGAACCUUACAACAAAGAAAAGAAGCUGUAAACCUAAGGAGGGGGAUAAGACUUCUGAUGGAGAACAUCUUAUAGAUGGACAAAACAAAAAUAAGGACACAAUAACGUUAGAUCAUGAUGAUUUUGACACUCAAUCUGCUUUGGGUAAUGACGUUACUGCAACAUUAUAUGAUAAGAAUGACACACCAAAUAGAAAAUCCUUAUUUUGUUUGGGUGACGAUGUUGUUGUUAAAUCAAAUGAUGAUAGAAGCACAUCCAAUCAACACCUUCAUCACUUGAAUGAAGAACAGAAUGCAACAAAGAACAUAGUAGAGGAUAAUUCGGAUGAUGAAUUGAUACCUCCUACUCCUUCGCCAGUAGGAUUGAGUCACAGCUUCAUGAAGUCUGCAACAUCAUCCUUGGGAGGUAAUACUCCAAAGCGCAAAGCUUUUACUAACUUAAAGUUAAGACAAGUUAUUCUUAAAAAAGAAGAAGAGGAGGAGAAAAAAAAGAUGAUGAWGAAGAUGCAUCAUGGCUUGAGCAAUGAGGGUUCAUCUUGUGUGUCUAGUGCUUCAGCAUUUGCCAACAAAGUGAGUGCGACAUCUGAGGGAAACUCUUCCGUAGGAAACAAGCAAAAAAAUUUAAAAAUAAAUGGGAACAGUGACAACCACAGAUUAAAGUCUGAGAAUUGCAGAUUAAAAUUAUCUAACAACUUUCAACUAAAUGGAAAAGAUUUAAAUGUUGGAAACCGAACAUGUACGUCUCCAGAAAUGACUGGAGAAAAGACCAGGUCCACUUUAACAACGUUAUCAAAGUCGUCUAUUGAAGGUACAAGUUUGAGCAAAGAUAGCGAUGCUCAUCCUGUACUAGCUCCGAGCAAGAUUGUACUAAAAAAGGGUAAAUCGUUCAAGCGGCGAGCAUCUAAAGGGAACUCACCUACAAACAAGAGACACCAAGGGGAGACUUCAUUCCUUCUUCAGGAAUCAGCACAACUUUCUGAUAAAAUACGAAAAGGAAAGYCAAAAAUCUUGAAUGAUAUUGAAAUGGCACAGAUGUAUGGAGCAGAUUUGUUAUUAGCAGAACAUGGAGAUAUAACUGAAGGUAUGGGAGAUAAUCCAUCCAUAUCCAUGUUGAAUAAUUACAAUAAUACAAGAUUAAAAACUGUAAACAUUGGCAAACAAGUAACCCAUGCAGAAGAAACAGAGCACAAUAACGUAAAAGGCAGUACCCACUAUGUGGUGGGUGCCACACCCAGCACUACUAUGUCAUCACCAAUCAAAGGACAUGAAAAUGAGUGGAUAGACAAACAAUUUGGUGCCACACCCAUUACCCCUGGAAAGAGACCCACUAAAGAUAGUGAGGAACACCUGUUUUUGGAUGAACAUUUGAGUACCAAACCCAUUAGUCCUGGGGAGACACCCAGUGAUAACAGUGACAGACACCUGCUUUUGGACAACACUUUGAGAGCCACACCCAUUACGCCUGGGAAGACACCCAUCAAGGAAUACGACAGACACUUCAUCACAGACCUUUCAUUACUGACACCCACUAAAAACUCACCAAAUGCAUCACGUGAUAGUCUUCUUGGGGUUGAGCUUGAUUGUCUGAUGGAUGGAGUUGAGUGGUCACCAAUGCCGAAGAAGAACUCAGCAAGAACAAAGCUAUUCCAACAAUAUGCUCCCCACUCCUCCCCCUACCGUCGGUUUUUAGUCCUAGAGGUUUACAGACGAGAAGCAAAAAAAGACGAAGCCUUGGCCAAAUAUGGCAGGGUCCUGUCUGAGAAGGUGCUUCGCCUUUUUGACGAGGGAAGAUCUGAAGAAAGAUACUGUUACUUGAGACAAGACUGGGAGACGACUGAAGUAGAACCAGGAGACCUUGUGCAUGUGACUGGAGAUUUUGACGUCACUUCCGGUAUCUGUAUCCUUGACAACCAGACAGACCAAUACAUCGUGGUACACCCCGACACCUUAGUUUCCGGGACGACAGUUGCCGGGGCAACGAGAUGUUUGCGCAGAACUAUUCUAAACGAACGUUUUCGUACAGAGGAUACAAACGAGGCGAUGUUGAUCGGGACCUUGCUUCAUGAUUUGUUUGAUAAAGCGAUGCAAGCAAAAGAAUUUUCCAAAGAAAACCUCAUCUCCAAGGCCAAGGACAUGUUACAACAACACUCGUAUCUCAACUCAUUGUACAGCAUUGGUAUGUCUGAAGUGACCGCCCUGGACAAGAUAAGCGAGAGCAUACCAGCAUUCAGUGAGUGGUCCAAACGAUACGUUCUACCUUUACCACACCCUGAUAUUAGUCUGAUGGACUACAAAAGUGUUUGUGAUAAGACUGACUCCACUGAACAACCAAGUGUUUGUAUAUCAGAACUGAAGGACAUCGAGGAGAAUGUCUGGUCACCGAGAUUUGGCUUGAAAGGAAAAGUAGACGCGACGGUUGAGGUGAAGAUUGAUAGACGACCCAGAAUAAGAAGACACAGACCUGAUAAGGAUAACACUAUAGAGACAUCUGUGAUACCUUUAGAACUGAAGACCGGCAGACUUUUCUCCAAGCUAGGAUCGGUUGAUCACCGAGCUCAAGCCAUCCUCUACACUCUUCUCCUAUCUGAUCGUCACCGCCACCCAGUAGACUCAGGUUUAUUGUACUACAUGAAGUCAGGACACAUGGUUGGUGUUCCUGCUCUGGUACACGAGAAAAGAGCUUUAGUAAUGAGACGGAAUGAAGUCGCAAGGUAUCUCUCCCUCAGCAGAACAACUGGUGGUCUGAAGAUGCCAGGAAUGCUGAAGGAUCUUCGCACUUGUAGUCGCUGUUCACAAGCACAGAACUGCACCUUAUUCCACAAGUCCAUCGAGAAUGGCAACCCCGUCACCAGUGGCCUCGGGGAAUAUUUCGACAAGCUCACCCAACACUUGUCCCCAGACCACACGCGUUAUUUUGCGGACUGGUUCAAACUGGUUUGUCUGGAAGGCAAAGAAAUUCUACAAUCGGGUAAAUCUAGUCAACACCUCAUUUGGAGCAUGGAGAGACUGGAACGAGAGGCGCUCGGCCAGUGUCUCAGUGGAAUGGUGAACACAUCACGUGAUCAUCAGAUGGAUAAUACUGGGGUGUAUCUACACUGCUUUGAAAGGUCACCUGACCACCCGACCCAGACUCCUCUGGUUGAUAUGCUUAUUAGUGCUGGAGAUAGAGUGGUUGUGAGUGAAGAGCGAUCAAGUGCUAUUGCCAUGGCAACAGGAUACAUAAGAGAAGUGAAUGCAAAGGAAGUGAUUGUAUCUUUGGACCGAGAUCUCUCUAAAUGCUACAGAUCGGCAGAUAUGAUGGAUCAAACACCUAUUUAUCGUCUGGAUAAAGACGAAGGUUACAACAGCUUAGUCACACCUUGGUCUAAUGUGGCCAAGCUUCUUAAUACAGAAUCCAAACGAAACGCCGAUCUUCGCCGAUUGAUUAUCGAGUUAAAGCCCCCUGUCUUCGCUCGUAGUCGGCAAGCACUCAUCAACUUUAGCAGCCAGUCUUCUGUUGGUUCUCUGAACAUUGAUAGUCAGACAUCGUCAAACUCAUCCCAGGCCUCCAGCGGCACGCCCAAGUACCAGGACACCGUUGUUGACUCCCUAAUGCAAGACCUCAACGAGGACCAGAAGCGAGCCAUACUAAAAGUUUUGUGUGCUGAAGAUUAUACGUUGGUCCUUGGUAUGCCAGGAACUGGUAAAACAACAACCAUAGCACGACUGGUGCAGAUACUAGUGGCUAGAGGGAAAAGUGUACUGUUGACUAGUUAUACACACACCGCUGUUGAUAAUAUUCUACUCAAGAUAAAACAGAGAGGGAUGGAUGUCAGCUUGUUCAAACGUCUAUCAGAGCAUCAUCCACAAGCCGUCGUCUGUCUAGAACACCAGUAUCGUAUGAAUCAAGACAUCAUGGCCUUAUCAAGCACACUCAUCUACGAAGAACGCCUGAAGUGUGGUACCCUACAGGUGGCCAACGCCCUUCUGGAUAUCCCACAGUGGAAAGAGAUUGUCUCUUGGGUGUCUGUUAGGACGCGGGAUACCUGUGAUAAUUGGCUGUUGCAUGCGUUAGAUCCCACUCAUCCUGUAGUUUUUCUGAACACGGACCAAGUGCCUGCGUACGAGACUCGUAAUGGACAUCUGGUGUCGAACGAGACAGAAGCCACUUUCAUCCUGCAGCUGACAUGCGCACUAAGAAUGGGUGGAGUCGAUUCAUCAUCUAUUGGAAUCAUUUCACCCUAUCGACAACAGCUGAAACUUAUAAAAGAACUCCUCUUCAGCCAGAAUUCCAAGGCAUCCAGUGAAGACCUCGAAAUCAAUACAGUAGAUAAGUACCAGGGACGCGACAAGCCUUGUAUCCUAGUCUCUCUCGUACGAAGCAACGAUACGUCAUCAGUCGGUGACUUACUAAAGGACUGGCGCCGAGUCAACGUAGCUGUGACUCGAGCCAAAAACAAACUGAUUCUGAUUGGUUCUUUGAGCACCCUACGAGCAAGUCUUCUCUUGAAUGAAUUGAUUGAUUUGAUGGAGAAGAAUGACUGGAUUUGUGAGCUCCCGAAGGACGCGCAUAAAAUGUUCGUUGACCUGGCAUCUUUGGAGGAGACGGAGUCGCAAAACAGUAAGAAAAAUCAUGAGCAAUUGACUUUAUAAAUAGUAGUUUUGUAUUACUAGAUAACUAAAAUAACUAAAAUUACUUUGGGUCGCAACGAUUCUAUCACGUGACAUCUCGUUGCAUCCUGAUUGGAUAAAUAAUAAUAUUGAUCAUUUGCGCUGCCGGUUUGAUUGAAUCUCUUCACGUGACAUCUUGUUGCAAGUCUUUUGAUCAACAAAAGUUAAAACCUGAUACUACUUCUCAGUAAACCUCUUUACCUUGGGCGUAAUGUUUUCCCAUUUCAGACCAUGUGUCAUUCUCUUGAAAAUAAGAUUGUUUGAGUUGUAUCCACAUCCACGUGUCUUCUCAUGCGCAACCGUUAAACAAAGAAAUAAUGCUCUAGGGAAUGACACGUGGUCUGAAAUGUGAAAACAUUACGCCCGCACUGAAGAGGUUUAUAAUAAUCUGACGUUUUGAAAGUUAUAUAUCUUUAAAUAUUACGAUAAUCAAAACUAUUUUAAUAUAAUAAUAUUGUAUAUUAAUAUCUAUGUCUAUUUAUAUAUUUACCAGUUAUAGAUGAUUUAUGGCUGAACAGCUAAUAUCAAAAAAACGUGUUUAAAAGAGCUCUAAAAGCUCCAACAACGCGGGAAAGAUGUUGGCAACAAUGCAAUAACUUGUAUAAUAUAAUGCAAGCUAAAUGUUUUUGCUUUUAUAAUAUAUAUAUAUAACAUAUGUAUGUAUUUGUAACAUAAAGUUCUAUAGAUA